AUGGCAAUGGACACUGUUAAAUUUUCUGAUUUCUGUGCCGACAAGCAUGAAGAACACAGCCAGUAUACUCAUAGCCUUGCUAGUAUACUCAGUUAUGAACAACAAUCUCCAAAAAUGAUUAAACUGGCUAGCGAUGCUCUUAAUUUGUUACAAGGUUGCGAUCUGCAUUCAACCACCCAACAUCCUUGGUUGCAAUCGGGGAUGGUUAGUUGCGACUUGGGUGGUUCCGUCCUGCUGAAAUGUGUUCAACCAUCCAAUAUUCUUGGUUGCGAUCAAGAAUGCUUAAGUUGCGAUUCGGGUGAGAGUAUAGAUGAUGAUCGCACAUACAAGCAUCACAGAUCACAGUCUCCAAAUAUUGAGAAUAAUCAAAAAGAAAAUAGCAUGGAAGUGAUUAAUAAUGAACAAAAUUUAGAUGAAAAGCGAGUUGGGAAAGAACUCGUGAAACAGUAUGAUUUGAGAGAACGACAAGAAAUCAACUAUGCUGAAAUUUCAAGCUCAGACAUUGAUCCAUAUUAUCUUCAAGUAUUUGACCCUCUGCUAAACAAUCUGGAUUUUUCUGUUAUUUCGUUAAACAGGCCAAUCAUAACGAAAGUAAUAUAUAAUCUGAUUUCUACACAUAUAAUUUGCGCAUUUAGCUCAACAUUACAUUUAGUUAGAGAAACCAUCAAUAAAAGUUUAUUUGAGAAAAUCGAAAAGCUUCUUAGAAUGAGAAAUAAAUUGAUAUUAGACAAAUCAAUAACCUUGAAAUUGAAGGCAAUUUUUCAAACGGACUAUGUAGAAAUUAGUUUGAAGUACACUCUCCUAGAUUUCAUCGCGAUGUAUAAAUAUAUGUCAUCUAAAGUGAAUGCAUUUUUUGAAAUUAGAUACGAGUGGAUUGAAAAGGAUGUCAAAUCCAUAAGGGAUACUCGCAAUAUGUUUACAAUUAACAUAAAGACUUGGAAAACUAAUUUGUUAGUUCUGAGACUAUCAGACACAACUGAAAUUCUAUAUGUUGAAGUAUCUGGACCACCUUACAAACCGGAAAAGAAACAUAUAGUUGGAGACGCAAAAAAAUUACUCAUGAUGGCUUUCAUAAGAAACGAGUUUAUAGAACAAGAAAAGCUUCUAGAAAAAAUUUGUUCUUUUGUGCCUUUGGUUGAUGAUAAUACCAGUAACCUACAAGAGUGGGUGCAUUUACCAGAUGAUUAUCUAAUGCCUGUAAAUGAAAAAGAAAUAGACAAACUUGUUUUAAAUGAUACUUAA